AGAAGAACAAGACCGGAAGUGGAGCGAGGCGUCGUUUUCAAAGCUCGUUAACGGCCGUUGUUGUCUUGUAAACAACAAACCGCGACUACCGACAACACCGUUAACGGGCGAUGUCACCGUGAGGGACGACAGGGAACCGGGCCCUCGUGCAGGGUUUUUAUUACCGUCUCGACUUGAAGCUGAAGAUAUUAUGGACAACCUGGAUUUCUCCGAAGAGGAAAUUCAAGAACAACUGGUCGCCCUCGGUUACAAAAACAUACCAAAACACCGGCUGCGUGAAUUCAAGCGAGAUCUCGACGAACUGAUCCAGCACGGAGAGUGGAAAAGCCUGGCCUCACCAACUCGGAUGAACUCCAACAAAUCUCAGGCAGCCGCAUCUCAGCCGAGUCCUCCUGCCUACACCAAAGAGAGAGUUCGUCAGUGCUGCUUAGAAGACGCUGGUGAAGGGUUUUGCUUACACGCUGGACCAGUGGACCCUGGCAGACAGGUCCUGACCACCUGUCAGAACACGGACUACGGACGACAGCGGGGCCACUGCGAGCCGAACGCCCAACACUCGCCGGCUGCGAACCUCCAGCUGCCCCCCGGUGCUCCCAGCAGCCUGCGGGGGGAGCCGGAGCAUGACGACUCCCUCCAGUGGCCACUCACAGACAGCUACACAUCCAGUCCAGACACGCAGCUGAGGCGCUUCGUCAAGAGGAAAGUCCUGAGGAAACAUAAAGGACAAUCUCUUGUCUGCGAUGAAUCAGUCUACAGUGAAGAUUUAGACGCAGCGAGCUGUCUGGAGGAGCGACUGGCGGAGCUUCAUUUACCAACAGCGGCUCACCGCAGCUUUGAGAUGGAGAACGAAGACGCAGCCAGUCAGAACGACACACAGAGCUCAGGGACGGAGGGAAUCUCUUUGAGCGCCUUUGAAUCCUACAUUAGAGGCAUGACUCGAGCUCAAAGCGACGCUGGCGUCAGGCCCAAACCCAAGUCCUUCAUCCGACCAGUGAUGACUCAGCAAACCAUUAAGAAGACUGACCCAGUGGCCAAGUAUUUCCAGUAUAAGCAGCUCUGGGAAAUGUUUAAACUUCCAGGAGAGAACGACAGGAGAACUCUCCGCCUGGAUAUAAAGGAACGACUUGCAUACCAACCUCCACCGCCCAAACCUCGACGAGUUUACGUGCCGAACACCUACAUCGUGCCAACGGAGAAGAAGCGCUCCUCCCUCCGCUGGGAGGUGAGGAACGAUUUGGCUAACGGUCUCCUCCCCUACAAGUUGAACUAUCGAUGCUGAGCCUCUCGCGCUCCACAUGCCUUUUAGAUACUUUUAAUAAAACUUUGCAUUGUGUGUUUUUUUGGCAUUAUUUAUUGAUGACAUUUUCUGUUGAACAUAAUAAAACAAAAAAGAAAACGUUUGUGUCACUGUGGUCAGUGAAUAUA